AAAAAAAAAACGAAAUAUCCGUUCAAUGGUGCACAUAGUAUUGAUAUUUUCUAUCAUGAAGUUCAAAGUUUUCUUCGUUUCAUUAUUUCUAUUCGUCCAAUAUUCGUAUUCAGCGCAGAAGAAACAUGUCGUUUUCAUAGUUGCGGAUGAUUUGGGUUGGAAUGACGUCAGCUUCCAUGGCUCCAACCAGUUCAUCACACCAAAUAUAGACGCUUUGGCGUACAGUGGUGUAAUUUUACAGAAUUACUACGUAUUGCCAUUAUGUUCACCAUCACGAUCAGCUCUAUUAACUGGAAUACAUCCAAUUUAUACUGAGUGUUUUAUGAAAUCUUUCAGGCAUGUAUCAUAAAUUUCUUCUGGCUAAUUCACCUUCUGGAUUACCUCUGGAUAUCAAAAUAUUACCUCAGUACCUUAAAGAAUACGGUUACACGACUCGAGCUGUAGGAAAAUGGCAUCUAGGACAUCACAGACGAGUAUACACGCCGACAUACAGAGGCUUCGAUACACAUUUCGGAUACUGGACCUCGAACGAGGAUUAUUACAGACAUAAUUUGAUGGAAAUGAAGUAUCUUGCCAAUGGACGAGACUUCAGGAGAGGAAUGAAUGUUACUUGGGAUUACGACGGGCAAUACGCGACUGAUCUAUUUACCCAAGAAUCCGUCGACAUAAUCAGUUCGCAUAAUACUUCCGAACCCUUGUUUUUAUAUUUGGCUCAUUUAGCUGUACAUUCUGCUAACGCAAGAGAUUAUCUUCAAGCUCCGGCCGAGAUCAUAGAUCAGUUUAAAUACAUUACGGAUGAAAAUAGGCGGAAAUUUGCGGCCAUGGUUUGGAAAUUGGACGAAUCUGUGGGCAAAGUAGUACGAGCUUUGGCUGAUAAGAAUAUGUUGAACGAUACCAUUAUAGUGUUCACUACAGACAAUGGAGGGCCAGCUGGAGGAUUUAACAAUAAUCAUGCUUCGAAUUGGCCUUUGAAAGGGGUCAAAGACACCUUAUGGGAAGGUGGAGUACGAGGCACAGCUUUCAUCUGGAGCGCUGAUUUACCCCAUUCAAAAGCAUCCCAUGCUCUGAUGCAUAUUCAAGACUGGGUACCAACUAUUUUAUCAGCAAUUGACCAAGAUGGCACGAAUAAUAUCACAUUACCAGAAGAGCUCACUGGAAGAAAUAUGUGGCCUGUCUUGAGAGGUGAUAAAGACAACGAAUAUGAUGAGCUCAUUAUUCAACGAGACCUAGUCAGAAAUAUCUCAGCUUUGCGAAAAGAUAAUUGGAAAGUGAUCAAAGGUAAGACUUACAAAGGACGAUUCGAUAAAUGGAUAGGUCCCAGUGGACGAGAUAAAUCAUACAGUUACAACGUAACCACCAUAAAGCAAAGCUCAGUAUUGGUGACUUUUUCUCAAAACAAUUUCAAAGUUCCAUCAGACGAUGAAAUUGUUAAACUACGAACCAAUAUAACCGUAACUUGCAAUUAUUGCACCAAGAAUAAAACCGACUGCAAUCCUUGUAAAAUAUCGUCGAGUAAAGCUUGCCUUUUUGACCUGUACAAUGAUCCUUGCGAAAAAAACGACUUGUCCAGCAAGUACCCGGAUAUUUUGACAAAUUUGCUGACCAUUAUGUCCAAAUACGUUCCGAUUGCACCUGUAAAUCAACCGGUAGACCCUAAAGCUAAUCCGAUGUAUUGGAAUCAUACUUGGUGUAAUUGGAUGGACUACGUUGAUGAGAUUAAAUUACUUUCAAACAUACGAAAAACCAAUUCGACUCUGACUUCGACAAACUUGAACGGAACCGAAACAGAGACACCUGCAAUUGUUUCAACUUCUUUGGAAUCAUAAUUUUUACCUAAAUUAUCAAGUUUAAGUAAUACAAUUUUGAUGUAGGUAUUUUAUUUUAGAAAAAAAAUCUGCUAAUCAUAUCAUCUUUAAAGGUUAAAGCGAUUGAAAUUUUCACUAAAAUGGAAAAUUCCACCAAGAAGGUUAUAGGAAGUCAUUAUUCUAACUUGGCAAUAUUGAAAAUGUAGCAAAAUACACGUCAACUGAGUUUUCCAA